AUGUCCCAAAUUCUAUCAACUCAUAGAUUACAAGGGAAGAAUGUCCUCGUCACUGGUGCCUCCAGCGGCAUCGGCAAGUCCACUGCCCUAUUAUACGCCCAAUGCGGUGCAAAUGUCCUCCUCGCUGCUCGUAGAUUAGACAGGCUGCAAGAUAUCGUCGCUCAAGCACGCCAACUCAAUCCCCACGGCGCACACCAAGCAAUUUCUUUAGAUAUGACCAGCAACGAAGACAUCUCCACUAUUCUCCAGCGAUCCACUUUCCCCCACAUCGACAUUCUCAUCAACAACGCCGGUCUAGUCAAGGGCAUCGAAGCUGUGGGAGAUAUCGCCGACGACGACGUAGCCCUGAUGUACUCCACCAACGUCACCGGUCUUAUCAAACUCACCCAAAUACUCGUCAACCACUUCAAACAGCGUAACAACGGUCAUGUCGUCACUAUCGGCUCUAUCGCCGGCAUCGAACCUUAUCCUAACGGCAGCAUCUACUGCAGCACUAAGCACGCUGCUAGAGCUUUCACUAACUCUCUCAUGAAAGAACUCAUCAGCACUCCCAUCCGCGUCUCGGAAAUUCAGCCUGGUUUGGUCGAGACGGAAUUCAGCGAGGUGCGUUUCCGCGGAGAUACUGAUAAGGCUAGCAAUGUCUAUAAGGAUCUAGACCCUCUCACGCCACACGAUGUAGCAGAAGAUAUCAUCUGGGUCACUAGCCGUCCUCCGCACGUCCAAACUGCCAGCUCCCUCAUCUUUCCCACCAAUCAGGCUUCUGCAGCUUUGGUAGCGAGGCCGGGCAAGAGUGGUGUGUGA